UGAGUUAAUUUCUUGAUCUGACCUCAUCCCUCCCUUCAUUCUGGUGACUUCCUCUCUGACCGAUUGUUAAUCCAAGUGGUCACGCGACCAUUGUCGUUUAAGACAUCAGUCUUUUGAGUCUGUAUGCUCCUCCUAACACUCUGGCCAUCUAGACCUUCAUGAGACUAACUUGACGUCAGUACUGCCGUGUGCAAAGCCUACCAAGGUCCUCCUAGACAGCAGUGUUGGACUAAGCAGACCUAGACGUCUUGUUCUUCUGGAAUUCGUGUUAGACGUCAGCAUUGUCGGAUCCAUUACUGUGAUUCUAUACACAUUCUAGUCAUCAUGCUUCCUCCGGUUCCAGCACUAGCGGACUACAGCAUUUCGCCAGACCAUGGAUUUCUUCCGCCCGAGCCACCCCUUGACGUCCUCCCAGACCCCUAUUAUGCUCGGUGGGAGUGGAUGGUCUCGAAUCUACAAUCGCUAUUGCUAAGUAAGAGGAUUCGGGGCGUUGUGGACCAGAUGCCUAUCUUAUGCACGUCCUACCUUCAGUCCGAAGGCGAGUGGAGAAGGGCCUAUGUCGUCCUAGGAUUCAUCCUUCACGGAUAUGUCUGGGGAGGAAGCAAACCAUCUGAAAAAGUGCCUCCUCAAAUUACCGCCCCCCUGCUAGAGGUUUGCAAGCAUUUGGAACUCCCUCCGGUUGCUACAUAUGCGGGAGUGUGUCUGUGGAACUACAAGUCUAUAUUCCCCGAGGAAGCUGCGGAUGACCUCAGUAACUUGAGUUGUCUGAACACAUUCACAGGCUCGUUGGAUGAACAAUGGUUCUACCUCAUUUCUGUUGCCAUCGAGGCUCGUGGUGCGCCAUCUCUAUCGCUGGCGCUGCAAGCAAUUUCUGCAGCCCGAGCUGGAAACAGCCUGGUGGUGACGGAAUCGCUACAGAGGCUCGCCGAAGUCAUCGAUGAAGUAGGAGCGCUGCUAGAACGGAUGUACGAGAACUGUGAUCCAUAUGUGUUCUACCACCGGAUUCGGCCAUACCUUGCUGGUAGCAAGAACAUGGCCGAUGCGGGACUUCCUCAUGGUCUGCUCUAUGACGACGGGAGCACAAAGCCCGAGUAUCGUCAAUACGGAGGUGGCAGUAAUGCUCAGAGCUCCUUGAUUCAAUUUUGGGACAUUGCUCUGGGUGUCGAACACCGACCCACUGGAGAAACCCGUUCUGAAACCGACAAAGAUGACAAAGAAGGAGUUACGGGAGCACCCCGCCACGGAUUCAUCCACGAGAUGCGGUCGUAUAUGCCAGGUCCUCACCGUCGGUUCCUGGAACAUGUAUCCGCAGUGGCCAAUAUUCGGGAGUAUGUGGAAGCUCGUCGUUCGGACAAGGCAUUAUGCAUUGCAUACGACGCUUGUCUUUCUAUGCUGCGAACCUUGCGGGACAAGCACAUCCAGAUGGUGUCCCGCUAUAUCAUCAUUCCAUCCCGCGAUGCCAAGGGCCGGGCACCCCGGUCUUCCAGCCCACGCAGGCAUGCCGCUACCACCAAUUUAGCGAACACUCGCACCGGCGAUGGAAAGAAUAAGAAGCUACGAGGAACGGGAGGUACUGCCCUGAUUCCCUUCCUCAAACAGGCACGAGAUGAGACUGGUGAGCCAGCCAUCGAUGCGUGGGCUCGCCGUCUUCUGAGUAAUGCACCCACCGAAGCCAGCUUUGCAGCCCUGAGCAAAGUCGGCGAGCAUCCCGACGGUCAUCUGCAGGUUGUUGGAUUGUCAGGGACCUGGGCAGCAGACGAUAGUGAAGGAGGCAUUUGCCACUGGUAACCAACCAGGCGCGUAUUAGUUCGACAUGGACUUGUGUGAUUUUAGCGAAUUGCGUUUGAUAUUUUAGCGUUUUUAGUAAUUACUGCCGAUGCAGUUUGCCCAGUCUAAAAGCUCAUGGGGACCGUCAUUCAACAACUACCUUG